CGCAGAAACUUGUUGCAACAACAGGCGACCGCGGGUGCCCCUAGCAGCCAGCGGCGGAGUGGGUGGGCGGGCGAGAGGGAGGGGAAGGCUGGCGGACGCCGCAGCGAACUGGUGGGCAGACCCGAAGUCGCCGCGUAAGCGGGGCCGGCUCAGUGCGGUGCGGCAGGCGCGGCUGUGCGGCAGCGGAAGUCCUUUGUUGCAGCACAGUCCCUGGCAGAGCCAGAACCUCUCCGCGCAGCCCAGCCCGAGCGCCGCGCUUCGCCGCCACUGCAGCUCGCGGCCCCUUCGCCUCCGCCCGCCUUUCGCGUGGCUGAUUUGCCUUAAACUACGUAAAAUCUCCGCAACCCCGGUUCCCGCUGCGGCUGGUCUCUAAUUAAUAGAAGAUGGCAAAGCCCAGCCACAGCAGCUACGUCCUUCAGCAGCUAAACAACCAAAGAGAAUGGGGUUUUCUCUGUGACUGUUGUAUUGCAAUUGAUGACAUUUACUUUCAAGCACACAAGGCUGUUCUAGCUGCUUGUAGCUCCUAUUUUAGAAUGUUUUUCAUGAACCAUCAGCAUAGUACUGCACAACUGAAUCUCAGCAACAUGAAAAUUAGUGCUGAGUGUUUUGAUCUCAUUUUGCAAUUUAUGUAUUUAGGAAAAAUUAUGACAGCUCCCUCCAGUUUUGAGCAGUUUAAAGUGGCAAUGAAUUACCUACAGCUGUACAAUGUUCCUGAUUGCUUAGAAGACAUACAGGAUGCAGAUUGUUCUAGUUCAAAAUGUUCAUCUUCUGCUUCUAGCAAACAGAACAGCAAAAUGAUAUUUGGGGUAAGAAUGUAUGAAGAUACUGUGGCUAGAAAUGGCAAUGAAGCCAAUAGGUGGUGUGCAGAGCCAAGUUCAACAGUAAAUACACCACAUAACAGAGAGCCCGAUGAAGAGUCUUUACAAUUAGGUAAUUUUCCUGAACCACUAUUUGAUGUAUGUAAAAAAAGUUCUGUGUCCAAAUUAUCUACUCCAAAAGAACGUGUAUCACGACGUUUUGGACGAAGUUUUACCUGUGAUAGUUGUGGAUUUGGCUUUAGCUGUGAAAAAUUAUUAGAUGAACAUGUGUUAACUUGUACUAAUAGACAUUCAUACCAAAACACGAGAUCCUAUCACAGAAUAGUAGAUGUUAGAGAUGGGAAAGACAGUAAUAUCAAAGCUGAAUUUGGUGAAAAGGAUUCUCCUAAGACAUUUUCUGCACAGACGGACAAAUUCAGAGGAGAUACAAGCCAGGCUGCUGAUGAUUCUACUUCAACCACUGGAAGCAGAAAGAGUAGCACAGUGGAGUCUGAACUAGCCAGUGAAGAAAAAAGCAGAGCUGCUGAGAGGAAAAGAAUCAUCAUCAAGAUGGAGCCAGAAGAUAUUCCUACAGAUGACCUGAAAGAUUUUAACAUUAUUAAAGUUACUGAUAAAGAUUGUAAUGAAUCCACUGACAACGAUGAAUUAGAAGAUGAACCCGAAGAGCCAUUUUAUAGAUACUAUGUUGAAGAAGAUGUCAGUAUUAAAAAAAGUGGUAGGAAAACUCUAAAACCUCGGAUGUCGAUAAAUGCUGAUGAAAGAGGUGGUUUAGAAAAUACGAGGCCACCUAACAACAGCAGUCCAGUACAAGAGGAUACUGAAAAUGCAUCUUGUGAGCUGUGUGGACUCACAAUAACUGAGGAGGAUCUGUCAUCUCAUUACUUAGCCAAACACAUUGAAAAUAUCUGUGCAUGUGGUAAAUGUGGACAAAUACUUGUGAAGGGUAGACAACUUCAGGAACAUGCUCAAAGAUGUGGAGAACCCCAAGAUCUGACAAUGAAUGGGUUAGGAAAUACUGAGGAGAAAAUGGACAUGGAAGAGAAUCCUGAUGAGCAGUCUGAAAUAAGAGAUAUGUUUGUUGAAAUGUUGGAUGAUUUUAGGGACAAUCAUUUCCCAAUAAACAGUAUCCAAAAAAAGCAGUUAUUUAAACAUUCUGCCUGUCCUUUUCGAUGCCCUAAUUGUGGCCAGCGUUUUGAAACUGAAAAUCUAGUGGUUGAACAUAUGUCUAGCUGCCUAGACCAAGAUAUGUUUAAGAAUGCCAUCAUGGAAGAAAAUGAAAGAGAUCACAGACGAAAACAUUUUUGUAAUCUAUGUGGAAAAGGAUUUUAUCAACGGUGUCACCUAAGAGAACACUAUACUGUUCAUACUAAGGAAAAACAGUUUGUGUGUCAGACAUGUGGAAAGCAGUUUUUAAGAGAACGUCAGUUGAGACUGCACAAUGAUAUGCACAAAGGCAUGGCCAGUGGUGAAAUAGGGCCUUCUAUACCUCUGGAGAAGUGAGAUCUGAAUUUGGAGAGGACAUGGGGAAGAAUCAAUCUUCAACAGAUAAUCUUUAAGUCCAGACCCAGGAAUAUCAGAUCUGAAGUGACACCAUCUUUUCUGUCUUCCUGACAAACCUCAUCAGCCCCCAAAGUUCCAGUUGCAAGCAUCCAAGAAAACUCAGUAAAGAUCACUUUGAAAUCACUUGUGACAAAACUGAUUUAUGAUGACUCUCCUAGUAUUUGUGGAAAAUCUGCUGAAGAAAAGUAGAAUAUUCAUAAGACAUCAGUGGGUCAAGUUACAAUAAAAUGAAACUAUAUGCUAAUUAUCUUCAAGAGUCCCUUCUAAAAGGCUUGCUAGGCUACUGUAAAUAUAUUAUAAAUAGAAAUAGCUGUGUAAACGUAACUGUGUAAACAAUUCUAAAUUUAAAAUAAUCUGAAUCAAAGUUUACAUAUUAUGAAAUGCUUACACAGUUUAAAAAAUACAUCAAAAUCUAUAGAGUAUAAAUAAAAGUAAGUGCAGAGAAAAACAGCAAGACCAAUAUUUUAACAAGAAAAGAUAAUCUAGUUAUUACUCACUAUAAUGUAACAUUUGCCCUUCUUUUAUACUGUAUAUGUUACAAACUUGAUCAUUAAUAUUAAUGAAGCUAAGUCUGUUAACUUGAAGGAAAAACAGAAGUGGUAUUACUUCUUCAAUAGUGGUAGAUUUUCACAAAUCACAGACACCUAAAAAGACUAUAUCUUAAGACACAUUAUUUUCUUUUGAACUUAGCAGUAUAACCUAAUAGGACAGAGUGAGUUUCUGUUAAACAUUUGUUCUCAGUAUUAAUGUUUCUCAGUUUUCAAGUUUCGAGAUAAAAUUUAACUAAGUAUUGAAUAAAACAAUGGUUAACAUCUUUUAUAGAUCUUUCAUGGGGAAAUAAAAUGUUGGUGAAAUUUUA